UCGCCAUUUCGCAUCAUUCAAGGCGAAAUAAGAAAUCUUCAUAAAAAAUGCCUCCUUUUGCCUCAUGUUCUCAUGAUCUACAGUGUUUCAAAAAUGAACUGGAUAAACACUGGGAAAACAUUUAUUUAUUGUAUAACUUCAAAGCUAAUUUGAUGAACUGUAGUGUCGUUACAACAUAAAAACUUUCCGAAAUCAUGUGCCAGAAAUCUAUCAUUAAAUAUCAGUAAAACGCGAAAUGAGAGACGAAAUGACCCAAUGGCUUGUCGUCAUACACUUUGGGUUGUGUUUAUCAUAUAUAAGUUUCUAGCAAAGCAAUACUCUAGAUGUGUUGAUAACACUCAUACACGUACUGGUCAUCAGCUUAAUCAGGAGCGUCAAACUAUAAACUGACCGACAGUGCUCACGAUGAUUGAGGAAAGCGCAGUCAAUGAAUUUCCGAAUUAUUGACCAGGUGAAUAUAUUACCGUUGUAAAUUACUUUCCUACUUACCUAAUAUUAAAACAUACCUGUGAGAAACACUUACCCUAACAACAGUUACAGGGUUGGUAUUGCCAUUUGGAUAUGUUCGCGUACAGGUUGACAUCUGUAAAUCUUAGUAAUAUGUUAUUUCAUACCAGAAAAAUAACUUGUGUGUUAAUAUAUUGAUCUAAUAUUAGUAUAAUUUAGUAUUCCUACUGAGAAUUUCUUACAGGAAAAAACACGUGUUGAUAUACACAAUUAAGUUAAUAUCAUCUUAAUAUCACUAUCUACGUUAUUCGGCUUGGAUUUAUACAGCAAAAGCACACAUGCAAGUAGAGUUUUCUUCGUCAUCCGUCGUCAUUUGGUCUACUGUUGCAAGGACAAAUAACCGACCGAUGGACAUUGUUUGGACUAAUUUUCAAAAUAAUGUUGACAUCAAGUUCUUAAUUGCUUUGUGCUUUACAGCUAAUCAGUAUAUUUGGACUGACAAACAAAUCUAUGGACACCUUAUGUGCAUAAGCUAUCUAAAAACAAACGAAUUUAGCGUAAGUCCUGUUUUGUUGUAUGAAAUCUUUCUCGCACGUCUCUGAAAUAAUUUUACGGACGUCAAGUACUCGAAACGAAUGCGAUUAGAACAUUUACCAUAAUGCCGUCGUUGGCCUUACUAAAGGCCGUAACGGCCGGACGGUCUAGACAGGUCCGCCUUUUACUUGACAUGGGUUUGUGUAGCAUGGAUUGUUCAGACGAGUACGGACAGACACCGCUUAUUAGGGCGAUUUUUAUUGACUUGGAAUCAAGUCGGGAUAAGAUUGUCCGAAUGUUGUUGAAAAAUGGCGCAUCAGUACAUAAGAUGGAUGUCGUUGGGCGGGAUGCCCUCGCAUGGGCUUGCUUGUACGGACGUGACGUCAACGUCGAACAACUUCUCGACCAUGCUGUGGGGGAAUUGGACUUAAACCGACCGGAUAUCAACGGACAGACGCCGCUGUUUCACGCGGUCGCUUCCGGAAGUGCAUCCACAGUUAAGUUAAUGGUGGAGGCGUUGCUCAAAUACGAUCUUUCUGUCGACGCACAGGACGUGUUCGGUACGUCACCGCUCAUGCUGGCCAUGAGGCUAAACCAUGACGUUUGUGCGAGUAUCUUAAUCCGAAACGGGAAGUCAAAGGUAGGACUUGGAAUGAAAUACCCGGAUGAUUUCAACAGAGCAGAAAAAUGGGCAGUACAAACUAUGAGAAGACCGAAAAACAAUAGGUCAAACUUCCCAGUUGAUGCUUCUUCAGAGAGAAACAACAUGUUACGUCCUGGCCAGAGGAUCAAUGUGGUCAAAGGUCAGACAGUGGCUAAGUUACAACUUCCGCCAAACUCCGACUCAGAGUCGUCGGAAUCCUCAGACAGCGAAGAUUCGGAAAUGUUCUCUCUAUACACUUCUGGUACGGAGACGGAAGACAUGUUUAAUUACUGUACGAAGUUUGCGCCCAAAAUUGCGAUUCCAUCAUCAAUACUGGCAGUGAGCCCUUCCCUAAGUACCAUAGUCAAUGCUUCUAGCGGUGACGAGGUCGACACCUACUCCACUCCGUGUAGUGACCGAAAACAGGAUAAACAUAAGAAAUGUUUGAGUCAACUUUACGGAUUAGUUCAAGACCAGAUUACUACGUCAAAUCGGCUGGCAGCGCACCCACUUCCUUCUUCCCCUGCGACGUCGCACAAACAAUUGGCUACGGAGCGGAGUGACGUCAGCAACAUAUCUCCGAGGAGAGGAAAGAAAGGAACCGACAGAAACCAGAGAGUAAACAACAUGGCUUUAAAAAGACAGACAACCGGGGCGUUGUUCGGAGCGACUCCUCGAGGAACUCGGUUAAGUGACUACAUAGACUUCCCAUCUCCAAUAAAGAGGGGAACCACGUUUCCUCUCCUAUCAGACAGACGGAUAGACCUCGUAAACAUUGGGAAUAAAAAAUCGGACGAAAAUACCAGAAAUGGCAACAAUACUUACUCACUCAUGUAAUACAGUUUCGAAACACUUCCAGGCGGAGUAAUUUCGACAAAGCAGUAAAAUCGUUUGGGGCUUUAUUUGCCCCAUUUUUGUUUGUCUUUUCGUAAGAAAAAAUACCGUGUGUGAAAGAUCCCCGGGUUACACUUCUAAAAAUGUUACUGUGCUUUGGGAACAGUUUCAUUUCUGUAGUUAUUGGUCUUUUCUCUGUUUGAUAUUUUGUGGUUUGUAAUUGUUACAUGUUUACUACUUUUCUUUGAUUUGUAAUUUUUGAUUUGUAAUUGUUUAAUGUUUGUGUUUUGAUAAAGGGGCGGGUUGCCUCGAAAAUUUUACAAUUUUCCGCACUGUCGUGAAAUAUAACUCCUUUGUUUAUACAAAUGUAUACCUAUACUUAAGUAAUACGCAUCCAACAAACGCCUGUUUGUUUGUUUGUUUGUUUGUUUGUUCGGAUCUAGUGUCUUUAUUGGACCAUCGUGAUUAUAAAUAAGAAAAAAGUUUAACAAAAUGUCGGACAGCGAUACUCAUUUAAAUAUCCAAAUUUGAAUACUGAAUAUUUAACAAAACCUAACUCAAAAUCGAAGGACAAAUUAUGAACCAAUGCAAGAACAAAGCGUUUCGACACAAUAAGACUUCUGUGCCAUAGACGAUAUCCGCCAUAUAAAUCAAAUAAAAAUGAAAAUAAUAUCACGUUCUCGAAAUGAGAACAAGGGAAGUGAUAAUGAAAUAAAAAGGCACACCAUUGAACUUUUAUAAAAAACCCACCAUCGACUUUAAUAUCGAAAAGAAAUAUAGUACUUUCUAUUUUCUAAACAUUCUACCUACAACAUUUAAAGCUCUAAAGUUACCAAUACUCAAAUACGACCCCUACUCGGGUAUUGCCACUAUAUCAUCCUCGAUACCCCAGGGUUUUUCGCUCACUUUCACUCUCUGCACCUCUGGAAUACGUCAUAACAGAAUCGA